AUGGAGUGCUCUCACCCAGCCAGCUUUGGCGGGCUCUGCGCGCUGUGCGGAGCUCAUCUUGACAAGUGAGUGAUGGCGAUAUCGGUCGGCUGGGUGUCAUUGACUGGGUGGUCGUCAGGAUCGACAUUUUUGGCAAGCGUUGGGCGGACAAGUUCGAUUGUCUCACUCUGACCUUGCAUGCAUACCAUUCACUCCCUCAGUGAGCAGCAGUCAGCGACGUCAUUUGCCAUGAUGCACAACACCACUGGUCUCAGAGUCACGCAUGAGGAAGCAAGUAGGCUGGAUAGCGAGUCCACACAGAGGUUGCUCCAGCAACGCAAGCUUGCACUCAUCGUGGAUCUGGAUCAAACCGUCAUUCAUGCGACUGUGGAUCCAACCGUGGCAGAGUGGCAGUCUGACCCUACGAAUCCCAACUGCGAGGCUCUCAAAGGCGUGGGCCGCUUCCUGCUAGGUACCGACGGCAAGGCUGUGGUGGGCGCCGAGGUGCCAGGGGAAUCCAGCAGCUCAGAAGAGACGGACAAAGCUCCCGCAUCUAGCUCCAAGAUCGCCUCCGCUUCCGACAUUGCAGCAGCAGCUGCAGCGCAAGAUGGAUGUUGGUACUUUAUCAAGCUGCGCCCAGGCACAAAACAGAUCCUCAAAAGCUUGAGCGAAAAGUACGAACUUCACGUGUACACCAUGGGCACGCGGUCGUACGCGGACUGCGUCUGCAGAAUCAUUGAUCCCGACGGAAGCUUGUUCGGCUCGAGGAUCUUGUCGAGAGAUGAAAACGGCAGCUUGGUACAGAAGAGCUUGAAGAGAUUGUUUCCGAUGGACACGAGCAUGGUCGUCAUUAUCGACGAUAGGGCUGACGUGUGGAGCUGGAGUCCCAAUCUGGUCAAUGUCAGACCUUGUGAGUAGGCACGGUGCGAAGUGCGAAUGACGGAUGACGGAUGUCCCUGAGAAUACUGCGCACUCCACUCUAGACGACUUCUUUGUCGGCAUCGGCGACAUCAAUGCUACCUUUUUACCCAAGGCGCCCACCUCGUCCACAGACGGACCUCCAUCUCCAGAAUCCUCCACUCAAGCCACGUCCUCACCAGCCUCAAGUGCACACACGUCCAAUGGCAAAGACGGGAGCAGCGCGAGCUUGCAGACAUCUACCGGCGGGACAGCAUCACAGCGAAGGCGCUCCAUAGCCGAACAGGAACAAGCAGACAAUGACGAAGCGCGGACGAAAGCUACGGAGUCACAAAAAGUGGCAGUUGCUGAGGUAUUGGAUGCGAGACCUUUGGCUCGAAUGCAAGAGGCGCUCGACGAGAAGGUUGCAGCUGCUGAAGAAACCGCAUCGCCCACAGCACUGCAGGACAGCUCACAUGAGAGUGGCGCUACGUCUGUUGGAGGAUCCAGCGGGACUUCGUCGACGACGCAAGCAACCGCAGUCGAGGUUCCUACCAUUCAAGCAGCCAGUACUGAGGCAAAUUCCCACAGAACUUUCGAAGAGGGUGCCAACCACGAGAGUGCAGACACUGCACCCCCGACAUCGUCACCUCCUCCUCACCAGCACGCCGUGCUACGAGAUGACGACAACGAGCUGGUCAGAAUCCAAACUGUGAGCACUCAUCAACCAAUGCGCGAGGCAAUUGCUAGAUGCUGACUUGCUCCCCGCUCUUGCUAGAUAUUGAAUGAGAUCCACAAUAGUUGGUUUCAGCGGUGGGAUCAUUACAAUGCAAAUGCCAACGAGAAUGCCAUCAAACCGCACGUCUCUGUGAGUGAAAGAUUGGCAAAACGCACGCUCAUGCCUGGGACUUAGCAAGGACCCUUCCGACGCAGCACUUGAUCACGACGAUCAAGCGACGAGUGCUUGCAGGUACCUCCGUUGUCUUUUCUGGUAUUGUUCCUCAAGGCUACUCGCCAGAGUUGUGAGUCAAAGUCCUGACGCACAAGAGAAUCGGAAAAGAGAAAAUUGAUCCUGAGCCGCCCGUUGCAGAUCUCAUCUGUGGAGACAAGCAGGAGAAUUUGGCGCUCAAUGCAGCGCCAACAUCACCUCGGACACGACGCACCUCGUCAUAGCCAAGGUGAGACGCCGAGGUCUUGAUAGUCCGGAAAAUGAUCUGAUGUACGAGUCUCGCCUGUUAUCCAGCCCGGCACAGCCAAAGUCAGGGAGGCUCAAAAACUCAAGGGCGUUAAGAUCGUGUGGGCUGCUUGGAUCCAAGACAGCACGAAUGCAUGGGAGAAAUUGUCAGAAGAGCCGUACCUUUAUGUUGACGAGAAGCCUGUGCGUGAGGGGCGGCGGAAAGCAGGGGCACGAAUCUUGGACUAACGCGCUUCCUUUCCUCCUAGCAGGCUGACAUGCAAAGCAACGGCGAGGGAGCUGAGAGGAGAGGAACGACCGUUAGAGCGCCGCCACCUCAAGAAACUUCAACUCUUCCCAACGACCAGCCCGUGCUGUCAGAAGAUCAAGCUGACCUGUCCAACUUUGCGCGCUUUAGCAAUGGCAUGGACUGGGGCGCAGCCGAUGAGGAAGUGGACGCAUUUUUGGCUGACGGCGAUGACGAAGAGGAGGAUGAGAAUGAUGAUGGGGAUAGAGACGAUUACGACGCCAACGAGACCGACAGGACAGCGGAGGAGGGUGCUCCGCACGAUGCUCCUGAUUGGAAUGAUGGCCCUACUCCGCCGACUCAACUGAGGUGAGACACGCAAAUGAGGCUCGCAGAGCGUUGGCAGCGCUGAUGAAUUGAAGUGUACCGUUCUGGUCGCGCAGAUCGAAGCGGCAAAGAUCACCAGCCUUGGCGAAUGCGCCGAAUUUCGCCGAGAUAGACGAUGGUGAUGGUAAGCGACAACGGUUGCAUCUCGGCCAAGCAGGCAAUCUUGAUCCUUCGACGCAGACAUCCUCGUUUGAGCCUCUGACUCAACAGGAGGAGUCUGCACAUAGCGAUGCACCCAGCGAGACCGGCACAGACGAAGAGGCCAUGCUCGAUGCGCUUGCCAAACGUCUGGACCAAGGUCAGGCCGGCAACUUGGACUAG